AUGGAUCUCGACGAGUGGGUCACAAACUCGAAUGAGUGCUUCGACAUUAGUCUCUACCGCCCAGGCAUGACCGGCGACGAGCGCAUUGGCGACACCUUCAACCCCAGCUUCACACACACGGUCAUCGACGAGAACGAGUCAAUAGUCGGCUACAAGAACCCCAAAAUCGACCUCGACUUCCGCACAAACGACCUCAAGCCUAAGCUCAAGAUAUCCUUCGAGGCGCAGUUAGACCUCAGGAAGCUUUCGCCAGAUCUGGACCAGGCGCAAGUCGACCUGUCACCAGAACUGUUCAAGCAGCACCUUCCAGAAGAGGUGAAGGAGAGCAAGGCGCAACGCGAUGCGGCGACCUCGAAAGACUGGAAGCCCCCGGGCCAGCUUAUGCAGAGCUUCGAUGUGCACGGCAAACACUACGAGAUAUGGAAGGCACCGAUCAUUGAUCCAGCUGCGAGACAGAUUUGGCUGAAUUUGAGGAUCCUGGUACUGCUGUUCAUCGAUGGAGCAACAGUGAACGGGCUGGACGAUGAGGAGACGCUGGACCGAUGGUCACUGUACUUCCUGUACGAGGUGCAGGACUCCGGCAUCCCCACUACACCAUAUGUCCUUGCUGGAUUUGCCACAUCUUACAGGACAUGGAUCUUUCCCACCUUCAAAAUUGCGCGGUACACCAAGAUGCUCCCAAGCCCGCCUCCAGAGGACUCGAACGGCACAGUGGAGAGGUUCACACCACCUCGCCUGACACAGGAUCCAAAGACGUUCCAAUUCAACGACAAGCUCGAUAGGCUCGAAACAUCCUCGAGGGAAAGGAUAUCGCAGUUCUUGAUUUUACCACCCUAUCAGAAUCAAUCUCUUGGAUCACGGCUGUACAACCUCAUUUUCUCGGACCUCGUGACAAAGCCUUUCAUCUAUGAGAUUCCAGUCGAAGAUCCGAGCGAAGACUUCGACGCCAUGCGCGACUACUGCGACAUCGUCUACCUCCGCUCUCUUUCCUCCUUCGCCUCCCUCUCGGUAGCAUCAACCCUCCCGGCUGAAGCCCUGCGCAAAGACUCUCCCAUUCCCCGCGACCAGAUCCUAGGCAACGGCGCAGACCUCGAGAACUUACGACACGAAACAAAGAUCGUAAAACGUCAGUUCUACCGCAUGGUCGAACUGCACGCACUCUCGACUAUCCCACCUAAUCACCGCAACCGCGCGCGCAUCACCCGCAAGGCUAAGAGCAGCAAUGAAAAUGACCGCAGAUACUACUUCUGGCGUCUGGCGCUCAAACACCGGAUCUACAUGCAGAACGCAGACGCACUCGAUCAAAUGGAGGUAACAGAGAAGGUCGACAAGCUAGAGGCUGCUGUGGAUAACCAGCAGGAGGAGUUUGAGGAGAGGCUAGAAGGAAUCGAGAAGAGGAGUAGAUGGAACAGAGGAGGAGCACGAUCCAACGGAGCCAAGAGCAAGCGCAAGAGGGUCAUUGUCGAAGACGAGGAUGACGAGUGGGAGGACAUGGACACUGGGUCCAUAGCGAGCAAGAAACCCAAGGCAUAA